AUGAGGAGCUUCAGCUUAAUAUCAGCUUUACUUCUCUGCAGCCUCAGCUGGAUCUCCGUCUCAGCUUCUGAGUCUCACACUGUGGAGGUCCAGUCUGGUGGAGACGUCACUCUGAUGUGCUCCAACAUUUCCAGCACUCCAACUCAGACAGAAUGGUUCAGAGUGAUUAACAGAACAAAGCCCAGCUGCGUCUCCUCUAUGUACGGGUCUGAUGGUAAACCUUCUUUCUGUGAUGGAUUUCAAAAUGGAUUUGAGAUGAGCUCCAACAUCUCUUCUGUCUUUCUUAAAAUCAAGAGAGUGGAUUUAUCUGACUCUGGACUGUAUUUCUGUGGAUUUUACAUAGACGGACAUACAGUCAUCGCCGGUUCAACACAUUUAAAAGCUCAAGAGGAGUCUGAAGGAAUGACAAACGUCAUGAUUGUGAUCCUGGGUGCUCUGACUGUUUUCCUCACUAUAGUCGUCAUUGUUCUGGCUGUUAAAAUCAGGAAACUUCAGACAGCUGUGAUUGAAGAACCGCAGGCAGAAAGAAACAAGGAUCUGGGCUCAGAUGAACUGAACUACGCAGCUCUAAAUUUCCAGGCGAAAACCAAAAGAAGCCGCAGGCCUGCAUCAGAGAGAGAGCUGGAGCCACAUGUUGUGUAUGCUGCCACCAGAUAGACUCAGGAAACAUCUGGAACUGCAGCUCAGAGUGACACUGAUGCUUCAAUAUGUUAAUCUGAUGAUGUG